UACUUGGAUCAUUAUGCUCGCAUUGGCACCGCCAGUACAGCAACAUUCAACCGUCUCGUAUUCACAGCCCUCGUCCGCUUCUUCGUCCACACGCCCUUCGCGAUCCGCUUCUCGGAGGACAUCCUCAUACAGCUCCUCAAUCGGCUCUUCUUCGUCCUCUACCUUCAACGUGACUGCACCACCCAACCCAAGGUCUUCCACCGAGGAGGGCCCCUCUUCGCCGCGCCGAACAGGAUCACAUCACCAACCAUCCAAUUCACAGCAUUUUGCUUCCUAUGCGCCGCAAAAUGGAGCUGGAAACCACGCGGAUGACGGUUACUAUGCAGCAGAGACCGCAGAGGGUAGUAGAGCGGCCGUAACGUCGAAUUCGGAACCGGCGGUCGAUAUCCACUCCUACGAUCCUCACGAACUCCUCCGUUUGCUGGCAUCCUUGCUCACGCAAAUCGCCACGGCGAACGACAGUUUGCACGGACGCGACUUGUCCUCUACCUACCAACUACAUGCUGUCAGCACUACAAGUUCACCAACAUCCGAUGUGCAUCAGUCUCCUAUAUGGAUUACGCUGGCUACUGCGUCGCGAACCGCCCUUUCCAGCAAUAUGUCGCUGACAUUUCAUGCGCGGAACGUCCCGACGAUUACACUCGAGAUGUAUCUCCUCCGCAUCCUCAAAUACUGUCCCGCAAGUAACGAAGUCUUCCUGUCUUUACUCGUCUACUUUGACCGGAUGUCGAAGCUGGCGAAGGAGGCCUGUGGGAAGGCGUUUGUAAUAGAUUCAUACAAUAUACAUCGGCUGGUCAUUGCAGGGGUCACGGUGGCGAGCAAGUUCUUCAGCGAUGUGUUCUAUACCAACUCCCGCUACGCCAAGGUUGGCGGCCUACCCCAAACCGAGCUCAAUCAACUCGAGCUGCAGUUCCUCCUCCUUAAUGACUUCCGGUUGAUGAUCUCUGCGGAAGAAAUGCAAAGCUACGCAGAGCAAUUAAUCCAGUUCUCGCGGUCGAACCGCUACCAGGCUUCUCCUGCCGCUUCCCCACUGCCUUCUCCCAAAUCCCCAAUUCACCAGUCUCCUGCCCGCCCCUCGAAUUUCAUGAUGCCCUCUGGGAGAGAACCGACUCAUCACGAGGCCGGACACCAGACGCCGCAAGUUGGGCCGCGCGUGCCGUAUAAUCGGUCGUCUGGCUCGUAUUCGAGCGCGUACUCUACAACUGAGUCCGAAACAGCCAGCGAGGCAGGCGCGGAGACAGACUUUGACGGGUCCACGGACGAUGAGCCGACGAUCCGGCCGACACACUCGUCUGCGUCCUCAGAGACGAUGAGCCUGCACUCAGCCAGCGACGCGGACUCGAUCUACACGGACGAUGGCGAUAGGAGCGAGGUAGACUCGGUGGCAGAGGCGCACACGCCUAGCGAGACGUCGAUGCGGGACCGGGACUAUAGGAUGAUGAGCCCUUGAGGCAGCAGGUACUGUCGAAUCACUCCACGGAUCGUGAAUUUAGACCGCAAUCUGCUAGAACACACAACGAAGCAAUUCCGACGCUGAUACCUGUACGCAAUACGGUCGGUCUUGUAUGUACGCAUUGCUAUGGACGCGUGUAUUAAUAGUCGUAUAUUCUUUUUCUUACUGUUGUCCAUGGGUGUGGAGGCAGGGCCGUAUCUCUUUUGCUGCUGCGUAAAGUAACCUACCUCGAUAAUUUAGUACAAUUUUCUCCGUUGCCUUUAAGCCUGCAUUGUUCC